AUCGACUUUCGUCGCCGAUCGACAGUUUAUGUCUUGGUUUCGAGCAUUCUUCUCAGUAGCGGGACUCGCUGCACUAUAGUACACAAUGGCGAAGAAGAAACCUGGAAAAGACGUGAACAAGGCUGCUGCAAAAGCGGCCAAGAAGGCGAAGGCAGUACAGAAGGUCGAGCGGAAGGAGAAGAAGAAAGUCGGCAAGUCGAGGGAGGAGGUGGACGAUGAUGAUCAGGACCUGGAGGGAAUCCUGGACAAGUAGAUGCGAAGAGAAUGGGAGGAGGCGCACAAAGUCACCCAGGAGCUCGUAGAGGGUCCUCCCAGCCGACGAGCGAACGCAACAUUUACUCCGUGCCCCAAUGGGGACCACCUCUGGGCGAUCGGUGGUGAGUUCUUUAGCGACGAUGGUAAAGCGUACUUCUACAACGACGUUUUUAGGUAUUCUCCAGAAAAGGAUGAAUGGCGCAAAUUCGUUUCGCCAACUUGUCCGGGACCUAGAUCAGCGCAUGCUGUCGUUGCCUCUCCGGCUGGAGGAGGAAAGUUAUACCUAUUCGGCGGUGAAUUCUCGUCUUUGUACCAGAACUCUUUCCACCACUACCGGGACUUCUGGUGCUUUGACAUCUCCACGCAUAUUUGGGACCGUAUCGAGACCAAGAAGAAACCAACCGCUCGCUCCGGGCAUAGAAUGGCAAUGUGGAAGCAUUAUGUCGUGCUGUUCGGAGGGUUCUAUGACCCAGGGAUCAAGACUAAUUACUUGAAUGACUUGUGGCUAUUUGAUACCCAGGAAUACAAUUGGCGUCAGGUUGAGUUCAAGGAUGCGGAACGCAAACCCUCUCCCCGAAGUGGUUUCUCCUUCCUUCCCGCCCCAGAUGGCAUAUUGUUGCAUGGCGGAUACUGUAAGGAGUAUCCAAAAGGCAGCCGACCGAUAGGUAUCAUGCUGGAUGAUACAUGGUUCCUCAGAAUCACAAUGAACGAAGUGAAAGACGGAAAGCCACCAGCAGAGCCUCUCACUCUCAAGUGGGAGAAGCGAAAACGAGCGUCGACGGCAUUCGCACCGUCUUUACGCUCCGGGUGUACGAUGGCUCUGUGGGCGACGAAGAAUACGGGCAUCCUCUUCGGUGGUGUCACGGACGAGGAUACGAGCGAGGAAACACUAGAGAGCGUGUUUCACAACGACUUGUUUGGCUAUCAGAUCGCCGGGAAUGGGCGGUGGGUAUCCAUGAUGCUCAAGAAGCCGAAGAAGAAAGGUGGUGGUGGCGCGAAGAAACAGAAGCCCGCCGCCGCAACAAGUCGACUUCAGGACGAUCUCGAGGGCGAAGGUGAUCUCGACAGUGAUACGGAGAACGGCAACGAUGGCGAAUCACAAGAUGCCCUGAGGAGGAAGAAGUCCUCCGCACCUAAGAACCGCACUUUGCCCGCCGAAGAUGACGUGGAUCCAGAUGACCCAGAACUCUCAAGACCGAUGCCUCGGUAUAAUGCGAUGCUCGCGGUUCAACGCAACACGCUGUACAUUUAUGGUGGUAUCUUCGAGCGAGGGUCCCGGGAGUAUACUCUGGAUGAUUUCCAUUCUCUGCAGCUAGACAAGCUCGACCGCUACACUUGCUUGAAGCGCAGCGACGUCACCAUUGCCACAGAUGGUGACGACGAGAGCAGUGAUGAGGACGAUGACGAGAGCGAUGGCGACGAUGACGACGACGGCGACGGCGACGAUGACGAUGAGCAAACAGUUGUGGACGUAGACGAACCCAUCGAGGAAACACAGAAGAUGGAGAAGGAGCCGGACGCAGACAUCGUAGAGAAAACGGCGAAGCUGACACAGGAAGAAAAGGAUGCCUUGCGUUCGAAAGCGACUGAAUUCAUGGGUGUGGCGAAGGAUAACACACGGUCAGCGGAAGACGUUAUAAGCACCCCGCUUCCGGGCGAAACACUGACGAUGUUCUACGCUCGUUCGCGCGACUACUGGGCACAGAAAGCAUAUGGGAGCAGCGCUGAUAACCGCGGCAAGCAACUCCGCAGAGUUGGAUUUACGCUGGCCGAGGAGCGAUACGCUGCAUACGAACCUAUACUCAAGGAGGUGGAAAAGAUCCUCGCAGAGGCUGGCUUAGACGAAGAAGACAUGCGAAACGGCGCCGCAGCUGGGCCAGCCGGUUCCAGUGGUCAAAGUCGGAAUCGGCGGUAACCUCAGACCAAGAAUACGUCCGUUAUCUCCAAAACUCGAUGCGAUACAAGGCUUUAUGUUGUACAUUCGUC